AUCAUGGUCGUACUCGCGGCCUCUGUCUGUACCCGUGGCGGCAAGCCGGUACUCUCGCGUCAAUUCAGAGAUCUGCCUAAAGCGCGUAUCGAGGGUCUCCUCGCCAGCUUCCCGGGUCUGAUUGAUACGGCGUCUGGCGCUCAACACACAACCAUUGAAACGGACAGUGUGCGUUAUGUCUAUCAACCACUAGAAGAACUCUACAUGGUGCUCAUCACAAACCGUGCAAGCAAUAUCUUGCAAGACAUCGCAACGCUGCACUUGUUUGCACAGAUCGUCACGGCGACGUGCAAGGCGAGUUGCAGUGAGCAGGAGAUUCUGCGUUCUGCUUUUGACUUGAUUACAGCAUUCGAUGAGGUUUGCACGCUGGGUUACCGCGAGAAUGUCAAUCUCUCACAGGUGCGCAACUUUCUAGAGAUGGACUCGCACGAAGAACGCAUCCAGGAGAUUAUUGAGCGCAACAAGGAGCAAGAAGCUACAGAGGAACGUAAGAAGCGGGCCAAACAGCUUGAUGCGCAACGUAAAGAGCUGCAACGACGUGGC